CCUACUUGGGUCAGUCUUUGAGCCACUUUGGUUGAAGAAUCAUCAUCAAUUUACUCAUCUUCAUUUAACUUUAUCAAGUGAAAAGAAAAAAAAGAAUUUCACAUACAACAUUCAUCUUUAUUAACUUUUAUCUCUAUUAAUAAAAUUGCAAAUUCAUGUGUAUUAUGUGUAGUAUAUCAAUGUGUAAAGAGAAAAUUUAGUUUUUUUUUAUCUUUUAAAUAAUUAAAUAUUUUUUUCAUGUUUUUCUAAAAUAAAUAAAAUAAUGUGAAAGUGACUAAACAAGUUGAUUUAUUAAUUAUGCUCGUAGUGUUUUCUUGGCGUGCUUUGUAUUGUUGAUACGUGUGUAAUAUCACGCGACAAUGAGUUCCUUGAACCGAACGCAUGCAUUCAAAUUACUGUCAAUAUUUUUAUUAUAUAAAAGUUUAUGAGAGAGCAUAAGAUAAAUCUAUGUGGAUGCACAUUUCAAGAUGAAGGGGUGGUUUGAUGCAUUUCGUCAUGACGGUGGUCCAACGUUAUAUAGUUAUACUAACCGUACACCCGUAACGGGUGACGUACACUUGAUAACAAUAUUUGUUGUAUUUUGUACAAUUUUUACGGCAUUUCUUAUUAUAUUCCCAGGCAUACGCAAGGAGAGAAUCACAACGUUCUUUACUGUAACUUUAAGUCUCUUCGUUGGAACAAGUAUACAAGUUGCACAAUAUGGCUCCACCUGGCAUACGACCUCGUCCUCAAUCGUUAGCAGCUACAGCGUCUUCUCCAGGCAUAGGACCUCUGCAGAAAUUGGUGGCUUCAUUGGAUUAAUGCAUAUAAACAUUACUUAUAGUUUAAUUAACUACACUGAAAGUACAGUUGACGGGGUUAGUGAUGUUGAAUAUAAUGAAAGGUUUUGGUGGAGAAGUCCCACGGAAAUGAGUGAAUCGUUUAAACAUGCUUUGUAUAGAGGUGCACCAUUUCCAAUAAUUUCUCUUGCUGAAUAUUUUAGCCUUCAUCAAGAAGGUUUUUCCUGGGGUGCUAAAUAUCGAGAAGCUGGUCAUUAUGCGUCAAUAAUGCUUUGGACCUGUUUUGCCGCUUGGUUAAUGAUGAAUCUUUUGCUGGUGGUUGUGCCCCGUUAUGGAGCAUAUAGCAUGGUUUUUACUGGAGUUCUUAUGUUGUGUACCAACUUGACAUACUGGUCUUUACUUCCUUGUGAACCACUUGUUGCUCAUAUUGAUGGAUCGACAUUAGUUUUUGACUUGGGUUGGAAUUAUUGGCUUGUCCUUGUAGCUGGAUUUAGCUGUCUUUUUUGUGGAAUAAUUAUUACAGUAAUUGACUUAAUUUUCCCACAUCAGUUUUCAACUAUUCUCGAGGUUGAUUAUGACACUCCUUAUGAUAGACAUGUUAUUAUAGAGGAGAGUUUUGAUACGAGAAAUACUCGUAAAAAAUUACCAAAAAUGAAUGAAGACGAUUUUGAUGAAAGAGUUUCUUCAAGCAUUCCAUCGAAAUUGGGAAGUAACAGCCAAAGGAUACAUGAAGGCGUUGUAAACUGUGGAUUUGUAUCUCAUGAGAUGUCAGAUUUUCAUCACAGAAUGAACGAUGAUUCAAGCAAAGCCAACUGGUCAUAUCCAUUUCCACCAAUUUCACGAAGGGUCAUUUGAUGCUCAUCAUAUUUAUGUAAUAGACUAAUUUAUAUUUAUCAUAUCGAUCUUUGAGAUAAUGUAAUAAUUAAUUUUAUAUGACUAAUUAAUUAAUAAAUUUAUUAAAAUAAUGAAGAUAAUAAAACGAAUGUAAACAACUGAAUUAAUCAUAAAUUAAGUAUUUUAUUAUAAUACAUGUACACGUUUGCUAGUUAUAUACAAAAAUUGGUAUAAAUUUAAAAGUUUAAAAAUCAUUGAUGCCUAAUGAAGAUAAUUUAUAUUAUCCAAAGUUUUCGAAAUGAUGAAUGAAAUAUGGCAAUUUUCGACCUUUAUUCACUUGAUCACAAGCAGACAUAACACUUUUUGUUAAAGGUCGAGGUCCACAGCUAAAUACCCCUAUUUUACUAACAUAGCUGUGUUUUUUUUGCACAAAUUUAAGAAAAGAUGUCAUGUCUGGUCUACCGAAAUGAUUAAUUGCUUUCAGUCCCGUGAAUAUACUCUUUUUUGACAGUCUUUGGAAAUGAUUUUCACAUAUAUACUGUAAGACAAAAAAAUUAUUUUAUCAUCAUUUGAGUUAUCUCAAUAUUUUAUUUUGAUGAUACAUUGAAGAAUAAAUAACUUACAAGCAUAGUUGUUCGAAGAUCAAAUUUGUGAAAGAACUGAGUUAUAAAUAUGUGAAUUUCUAAGACAUCAGUUACGUCUUUACGUUCAACAUCUCUUAGAACGUCAAUAAACCACUCAAAAUGUUUAUGAGAGGGGCAAAUCCACAGAAAAUAAACCUUAAAAUUUAAAAAAAAAAAAA